AUGAGUACAUCACACAGACCACAAUUAGAGGCAAGGAGUGGUGCUAAGGCUGCUGGUUAUUCAUCGACAUCCAUUGAACAUGCUAGAUUACAACCAGGACACAAGUCUCUAAAAUAUAGAGAUCACAUUAGAGACAGCAUACAGUCAAGCUCAAAUAAGGAGAGUGACAGUACAAUUACAGUGACAAAUAGUUCGCUGAAUCCAAAUGAAAACAGAGGGAUGGACUUAGAUACUGAAGAGGUUAACCGAGAUAAGAACAGCUCAAAAGUAAAAGACAAUAAGAAGUCACUUAAUCAAGAAUUUAAACAUUUGAAAGAUGCUCAAGUUGAGGGGGGGAAUAACUCUGGUAAUUCGCAAUCCAAACCUAAAAUUAACAAAAUUAAAAAGGGUUGGAGGUCUGGUACAACAUUUUCAAGAACAAAAAAUGAUAAAAAUAAAAAGGGAAAGGAUGAUUAUGUGAAUAACAUAACAAAAUCAACUUAUCAUCAAGAUUUUAUGAAGAAAAUCGUUGAUUAG